GCUGCUACUUUGUUAGACUACCAAUUUACUCUCCACAAUACCAAUCCUCUCCGCGAAAGAGUCGAGCAUGUGCUCUUAUGUUUCCUUAUAAAUUGCGAAUUCACCAUCAAUUGGAGAGGCAGCAUAAAGGUCCAUCCUCCAUAGGCACAAGGCAACAAUCUCUCUCUUAUUAACUCAGCUGAUGAGCGCCACUCGCAAAGGCACUGUGUGGAAUGCGAACAAGUUGUAGCAGAGAACUUAAAACAACAUUCAUUUCAUUCAUUUAAGUUCUCUGGUUGUAGCGCAUAAAAUACUCGAACCUUUGCCGGAUUGCUUAGUAGCCGAUAAGGAAUCAGACAGGAAAGUUCGAAGCUCCAGAAACUCCCGUAAAACCGCGUUAAGUAAGGAAAAGCGCGCGCGCUCCUUCGACCCUACGCUCUAAAUUUACACUGCUCACAUUGCAGGCAAGCAGUAAAGUUAAAAGUGAUUACAGUAAUAAAAGGAGAACGCAUGCUUUCAAACGAAUAAGGUUCUGCUUUCCACUACGUACUUGUGGAGCGCAAUGGGGGUAGUAUGUGGUGCUUUCCACAGACAACAGUCCACCACACACUAACCAAUAUUACUCGUAUUAGAGCUGUUCGGUGCAAGUAAUUGCAAACGAAUGCAAAACUGAAUAACCAUUAGAAAUCAAUGUGUGUAAAAAAUAAAAAGUGAAAAAAGAAAACAGGAAAGCAAAUCAAAAGGAUAGUGUAAUACAUACGAACAAACAAGGAUUGGUGAAGUUUUUGGCCUCUACACGUUCGUGGUGUUCGUUGUUGCGGCAGCACAAAAGACGUAAACUCGCUCGUAUUUCGUUAUCACCGACGGAAUGUUACCAAAAAAUAGCAAAUUUAUAUGCGUAACACGCGCACGUUAAUACACCGUCAUAAACCCACACAACAUUUAAGAAGGUACAACUAAAAAGUCAACAACAACAUACAAAUAACCACAGAGACAGCGCUAUCACAUUACCAGCCCCGCAAGAUGCAUCAAGUACUGAGCUAUGAGACCGCUGUACGUGCUAACAGUUCCCGCGAGUUCCGCGAGUAUGUCACCAAGCGCACUUGCGUCAGUCUCGUGCUUACAAUCGCCUUCCUGACGCUCAUACUGGGCUAUUUGCUGGGCAAUUUCGUGUCGGAGCGUAAAUAUCAAAUGCGACUGAACAAGGCGGCUGGUAAAGGAGUUGCACCGCCACACACGGUGGAAAUCACCAGCGCUGAUUAUGCAAAUCUCAAAGAAAUCAAUGCUUACCAAAAGAACAAAGACAAGCUAUUGAGCUCAGCACAAUCGCUGAGUAAGAUACUGAAACGCGAUCAAAGCUAUCCGGCGAGUUCCAUCAAUACGGACAUAUUCAACAAGUACAUAUCGUGCACACAGGAUAUACCGCCCAGCACCAGCAUUGAAUCCAGCCAAUUCAUCGAGCAGCUGGUGGAUAAUACGGCAGCGCGGCAACGCGAUUGUUUGCGAGUGAUACAACUCAUUAUUGAUAAUCACAUGAGCGGUGGCACGAACUGAACAUAAAGCGGGAUGUCACGCAUGCAGAGUGCAAUGUAAUAAGGCAGCGGGUGCAAAAGUCAGCGUAACUCCAAGAGGACUUUUAGAGUGUGCUUAAAUAGGCAAUAACAGUUGAUUUGCGUUGAAAUGAGCGUGGCUGAUUAUGAUUUUAUACAUACAUAUGUAUAUGUUAAAGUUCUCGUAUAUCGACAUAUUUCAUAGUGGGCCAAAUACUUUUUUAUAAUAUUAAUGUAUAUUAUUUUUGUAAAGAUUUUUUCUAAAUAUACAUAUACUACAUAGUAGUUGCAUCACAUAUUGACAACACACAUACAUGUCAUAUAUACACAUAGCAAACAGUCCAGUCAAAUAUGCAAGUUGUGUGCUUUUCAGCGUACAACCUGCGCAGUAACACGUCACCCCCGGUAGAAGCGAGCGGUGGCGGCGUGUUUUUACAAACCACCAUUGGGAAUGAAAGAGGCUUUUAGCAAGAGUAAAUGUUGUUCUAAAUACAUAAUGCAUACCAAUUAACUUGAAGAAUUUAUACUAACACAGGCAAAUGUGAAUAUAUAUGUACAUACACACACACACACACAUAUGUCCAUAAUAAAUAUUCAAAUCUAAAGCAAAAACAUUUUGACCGAAAAAACAGUUUGAAAAUAAAAACACUUCCAAUGCGUUUAUUAUUCUUGAAUGUGCUAAAUGCUUACUUAAGGGAGUUCUUACAUAUGUUGGUGCCUACAUUUUGUAUGUGUAUGCGUGCUUGUCGCUUUAUGAAUAUGUACAUGUGAAUUGCUGUACAUAAUGGUUAUAAAUUGAAUUUACAUAUGCCGAUGUUAAAGUGAAGAUCUGUACUAUGCCACGUACACAUAAAAAGGACUAUACAUAUUAGGGUGUGUCAUUUUUCUUAAAAUUGGUUUUUUUAGUAUAAAAUAGUAAAGAAUAAUUUUUCAGUUAAUUUUUGCAAUGCUCACAUAUCCAACUACAAAAAUCAUUUUAAAAAAAGGUCGGCUAUAAUACCAUUCACAGGUACAUUUUUUAUAGCAUAAAAGGGUAUAAAAAAUCUGUAUUUUGUUUUGGAUCGGUCAGUUUGUAUUACAGCUAAAUGCUAUAGUAAUCUGAUCUGAACAAUUUCUUGGGAUAUUGUACUGCUGUCUUGAACAAUAAUCCAUUCCAAAUUUACAAAAGUUUUUCAUACAAGGACUGAAUUUUAAACGAUCAAUUUAUAUGGCAGUGGUCCGAUAGUUUCUUUGGGAGAAAAGGAUUCCAAAUUUUAGAUCGAUACCUGGAAAAGCAAAGUACUAGUUCGCGUUUAUACCGACAGACGAAUCAUGCUGAUUCUUUAUAUAUACCUAUAUAUAUUUAAAUGGUCUCCAACGUUUCCUUUUGGGUGUUACAAACUUCAUGGAAAAUUUAAUAUAAGCUGUUCAGAGUAUAAAAAUUUCUAAUAUUAUUUAAAUGGAAAAUGGAAAGUUAGGAAGAGGCUUCUUUUUUACCUUCUACUUUUUACUAGAAAAUAAAAUUACCUACACACCCUAAUAAAUAUGUAUGUAUUUGAACACAUUACAAUUUGUUUCCACUUAUAACAAUUUUGAAGUCCCCCUGGCACUGAGGACAUUAUUUAAUUAUUUAAGAGGUAAGAAUUUUUUACAUGUACACAAAAAAGAAAAAACAACAAUUGGUUAUUAUAGUAUUAAGAAUUCUGACUGUAUUUAAACGAAGCAGAGAUUAAUGGCUGAAAAGGUAGCGAAAUUAAUAAAUUAUUAAAUAUAAAUGUGAACCAAAA